CGCCAAAGUAUGCGACUAUCACAAUACCUUGAACGAGCGCUUGUGCGCCAUGGCGGGUCAUUAUAAUCAUUUUCGUGAUCCUCGACUCUGCGUCGCUCCUACAAACGACAGCCCCUACAAGGACGACGAGCGAGACCGAGUGCAGGAGCUGUCGCGCAAGCGGCCCCGGCCGGAUUGCGAGACCUCCGCUUUUGAGCGCCGGGAGGCCCAAGAACAGACUCAUGUUCACACCAUUAUACCGCCGAACGCAGGUGAUCUUGGCAGGGCACCUUUCAGUUCCCCGGAUGAGAAGACGUUCCUCCAUGGCCGGAUCGAGGAGCUGAAUGAUCACAUUGCCGCCCUGCACGGGGACAACGCCAGGUUGACGGCGGAGAAAGCCAAACUCGCCGAAGACAAGGCAAUUGUCGCCAAGGACAAGGCCAACAUCAACAGGCGACUCAAGGAUAUAACUAAGGACCAUGCCGGCAUGGUGAGUUCUCACGCGAAGCGGGUCGAAGAGAAAGACAAGGUGAUCCAGGAAAACGCGACACUGCUGCAGGAGAACGCCCAUCUGCUGCGUGCGAAUGCGGACCUGCGCGCGGAGAAUACGGGCUACGUUCAAGAUAUGCUCUCUCGAGAACGAAGGAUUAAGGAGCUCGAGGAGCAGUUGGAAUAUGUGAAGGGAGAGAGGGGUCCUCUGCAGGGAUUCGAUGAUGCCACGAUGGUUGUUGGACAUAUGGAGGAACGGGGCCGUCAGAAUCGCCGAGACCAAGAUCGAGACGGGAUUCGCGCUAGGAGCCGCUCUACGAUGCGUGGCCACGAGUGGGACAAUGGACACAACGCAAGCGGCGAAAGGGAGAGGGGCCGAGACCCGGAUCGAGCGCGGGGACGGUCGAAAGCUCCCACAGACCGCGGAAGAUCUAGGGCACCUGGAGACUAUGGACGACCAAGGGACCCUGGUUACGACAGGGCACAAUCAAGACACCGCGACAACGAGUGGCGACGUGAUAUAGACGGCUCUCAUUGGAGGCGCGGUGAUGACUCGUAUCAUCCUCCUCGUCGUGAGCGUAGUCGUGCUCCGUCAAGCCGGACUCUGUUCCAGGCCGGCAAGCUACCACCCACUGGUCCGAAAGGAGAUUUGAGGAGGAGCAAUUGAGUGACAGAGGGGCGAUUGAGAUCCAUAUACACCCCUUUAUGGAUUGGCUUAAGAUAAAGCUUAGGAUCAAGAGCAUCAGAG